CCUCACCCUCUGCCUAUGCCCCAGCGUACCGCUCAGUCGAGCACAUAGCCGUGACCGUGAAAAUUUCACACCGAGUCCCCAAGGCCGUGGAGGUUUUAAAGGCAACAGUUCAUCUUCCCGUGGCCGGAGCGGCUACACCACCCAGCCGCGCCCACAAGUCUACCACCCCCAAACGCACUGGAUGGCUCCCCAGUACCAGAACCAGUACCAGCUGCGCGCUGCCGGCUAUGGGACUGAUCAGGUCAUUGGCGAGGUUCAGUCUGGCUACACACCCACCGAGUCCGACAGCGCCAGCCAGGCGAGUCACGACCUGAGCCGCAUCUCGACCCCGGUCUCGAUGCAGUCAAAAGACCAACCCUUGCGCUAAGUCGCUUGCGAGGGUCGAAACUCUAUAUGAAGGAGAAGAUGAGAGGAUCCGAGCCUUACUGCUGGACCCAGCACCAUUGGUUCUGGGCAGGCAGUCUCUCGAACUUUGCACCACAGACAGUACCAGUAAUAAAAUUUCCAUCCUCGUCCAUACAUCUCUCUCCUCUCUGCGCACACAGUCUCCAACCUCUACCGUUGAAACAGUCAGCCUCGUCGACACCGGCAGCUCAGCCUAUGCCUUCGCAGAUGACCA